AUGAUGCAGAAGAUUCUCUGCGUCCCUCGCAAGAGAAGGGUCAGGAUUCGACUGGUUCUGGUCAUCAUCACAAUCAUCUCCCUUUAUAUUGGUUGGCAUCUAUCAUACGAAUGUAGCAUUGCCUUGUUACCUCCACAACCUAAUCUGGCGUUAGAUCACUUCAGAACAGACAGAAAUCUGAAGAGCUAUCUCGAUAAAAUAAAUAUCCUGAUAGAACCUUCGAAGGUAAUAUGUCCCAAGACAACGCAGUUACUGGUUCUGGUGACAUCAGCUCCCGAUAGAUUUGAACAUCGUGAUGCUGUAAGGAGUACCUGGGCAUCACAUUUCCCGACGUAUUUCAUCAUGGGUCUUCAUGGAAACGCAGUUGAGGAUUUGAUGGUAGAAAACUACGUGGAAGCCAAGAUGCAUGGUGACGUCAUCAUAUACAAGUUCAAAGAUCACUAUCAAAAUCUGACUCUCAAGACGGCCCUCAUGCUGGAGUGGACGGCCACCAGGUGUCCCACGGACCUGGUGCUGUUCAAGACUGAUGAUGAUGUACUGGUGAACCCUUGGGUCAUGAGGCGGCUGGUGAAGGAGCACGCUGGACGGGAUCUUGUCGGCUACAAGUUAUCGAACAAAAAGUUUCAUCGCGAUGUGUACAACAAGUGGUUCGUGCCGAGGUGGUUAUUGUAUGACGAUCACAUAGAGGAAUAUCUAUCAGGAACUGGAUAUCUGAUCAAUGGUUACCACUUGAGAGAUAUAUUAGCUACAGCAUAUAAGACGCCAAUGAUAAACCUAGAAGACGUUUACUUCACCUACUUGGUGUCAAAACGUAAACUGGGUUUAAAUUUAACCCACGACAAACGGUUGAGUCCAUUCAAACCUUGGUUACCGAGUGUAUGUAUGUACUUCAAGUUGGCUUCAACACAUAGUUUAACUCCACCGGAAAUGAUGAAGCACUGGCAGGGCAUCCAGGAAUUGGGGAACGAGUAUGAAAACGGAAAUGCCGUAUGCGGUGAUGACGUCAUGAAUGAAAUUUUCCUGUAUUGA